CCUCCCUAAAGCUCAGAUCUCUUCCUCACUCACAUUAUUGCUCUCAGUCUCACUAUCGCUCCAGCAUCCACUGGAUAAAGUCUUACUUUUUUUUUUUUCAAAAUCAGGAAGUUUCCUGCAAACACUGUGCGACCUCUGCCAGUCGGUUGGCAAGUGGUUCAGCUUAAAUAAAGAGCCCUGUUUAUCUGACGUCUCUUCCUGAAGAUCUUAUCCUCCACCCGUCUUUCCAUUGUGAAGGGCACAGCACAGUCAGCAAGUGAAGAUGUCUCUCCCGUUGUCAGUGCUGAUAUGUCUGUCACUUGUCCAGCUGUGUGUGGGAGAUCAGCCUGUGGAUGAAGUCAUCACAACAAAAAAAGUGCCUAUCUUAGGUGGCUGGACUGAGAGGAGUCCAGAGGCAGCUGAUGUGCAGCAGGCAGCUGAACAUGCUGUGAGGAUGUUCAACACGCACUCCAAAAACAAGCGGAUAUUCAAACUGGUCUCCAUCACAGCUGCUCAGAGUCAGGUGACCAACAUGAUCAACUUUAAGAUUGAUGCAGUUCUGGGAAAAACCAAAUGUCUCAAGUCUGAAAACCAUGACUUGCACAGCUGCAGUCUUGAGAAAAAGCAUCUCAAGUGCCACUUCCAGGUGACUUUCAACCCUCGCGACAACCAACAUGAGCUGAAGGGUCACAAGUGCAAGAAACUUGGGGAGAAGGUUUAACUUUUUCAUGGUUUAGCUCUAUAGCUUUGAUGGUGAUUCAGAAGGAAUGUUUUCCAGCUCAGUUAAAGGGGUGGACGUGUUGGCUGGUAGAAGACAGUUUAUAACAGUGGUCUGAAUAAAAAUUAGCUUGGAAAAAGUGACCAAGAGCAGAUGUUGAUUUUUGUUACCAUAAUGUGGAGAUUAUUUGUAGGUUGGGGCUUGUAGUUGUGUUGUAUAUCUUAUAUAUUUUUCCUUAUUCAUUUAUUUUAUUAUUCUAUGGUUUUAUUUACUGUCUUUGCACUUGAUAUCAUUACCAUAAAGUUUAAAACAACCAAUUUUUGCUAAAGAAAAUGAGAUUUGAAGAAAAAUAAAAACACUAAUCACAAUAAAGAGGAAAGAGAUGAAUAACACAGGAUUUUUAUGUCAAUAUUUAUUUCAUUGGUGUGAUUUUUAUAGAAAUGAGUCAACAGUCUGAUGACACACAUUGCCACUCAUGUUGUUUUUGAGACAACAGCGUGUACACCGUCUCGUGAGUUUUCUUCUUUUUCUUUCAAAUGUCUGAAAAGAAUGAUGAGAAAGAAUCAACAUAUGUUCUCAAAUUUCAAAUCUUAAUAUUCAUUCAUUCUCAUAUAAUUUUAAACCAUAAUGUCUGAAAAUACAGAAUUUAUGUAGAACCACUGAUGUUAGUUUAAUGGAUGUUUCCUCAUCAAUUAAAUAAAGCAGAAA